UCGCUCAGACAGCAACGUCGAUGUCCUUGAGUUGCUAGCUACAAUCAUAAGUCGGGUUGCAACGACGAUGCACAAGCGCAAGCACCGGAGAACUGAUGACCAAGGAACAGAUAAACUUCAUACCCACUCGACAUCCAUCAACGACACCGCCUUCGCGUCUGACUUCGAUCCGUCUUUGUACAUAGUCGCCCAUGAAGCAGACAUCGUUAGCGGCCCUCGGGCAGUCGCAGCCGCCCUUGCACUCGAGUGUCCCGAAGCACUUCCUGACGGCGUUGAUAAAACCGGUGCUGGUAGUGGGCUUAUCCCCUUAGAGCCGCAGCAUACCCUUGUCUUCGAAGAUGAUGACGAUGACGGAGAAGGUAGUAAUGCCAAAGCACCUCGAAAGCCAAGACCUUCACAUCUGCUGGUAGACAGGUACGACGUUCGACUACUACUCGAUGUGCUACCCACGCAUAACCACCCUGGACCAUCACAUGCUGCUGCUACUGCCCGCCGGCCCCUCUCGCCAAGUGGGUGGUCGGACCUGCCUUCAGACACAGAAGACACGUUCUUCUUUUCUCCGGAAGAGGCAGAGGAUUAUCGUCGUGAUAAACGCAGGAAACUUAUCGACCAUGCUAGGGAGGAGCGUAUUCGAGCCAUUUUGGCCCGCGAUCGCGCGAGAGGAGAAACAAUGGGUGAAGACUUGGACGUUUGGGGCGGAAGUGACGAAGAGCCGGACGAAGCUCAGAAAGAACUCCUCCGUCGAACGGCGGGGCACGUCGUGUCGUCACCCAACCCUGCGCAACUAGAGAUGCGCAUUCUGGCGAACCAUGGUGCAGACAGAAGGUUCGCAUUCCUGCGAGGGCGUUGGUCGAGAGCAUGGAAGGUCGCAAAGGAACUUGCAAGACAAGAACGACGAGACACGGAUGAAUCUAAGAUAGCAGACAGGCCCUCCGGAAGUUCGUCGCUGCAAGGACUAGUAGCCGGAUACGGAGAGAGCGGAGAGAGCGGAGAUGACCCCAGCGAAGGUGAGGUAGCGGAAGACGAAGCACGGGUGAACGUUUCGAAAUCGGGGGUUCACGAAUUUGGUAGUACAGACUCCGACGAGGCAGAUCGGCAGAAGGCUAGGAGAGAAAGAGCUAGGGAAUGGUCAGUGCGACGACGUGCUGAACAGCUCUCUAAUGAAGGGCAAGUGUAGCAUUCGUGCUAGCUGAACUCCUCGUCACUGUUAUGUGAGUUGAGCUGUACAUUAAGCUGUGCGUACUCGUGUCGUGCGGGUGUCAAUGGUCAAUGUAGUUUCAUUGCUUGAUGUGCUU